AUGAGCAUGGGAAGUACCACAUUCAGGCCUAAAGAUCGCCAUAAAACUAAGAAAAAUGGAAUGUUUGAAUUAUUUAAAGGACAAAAGCCUGAGUCAAGAAGUGUUCCACCCCAAUUGUCUGAAAGGACAUUGACAACAACUGACAUAGAAUCAACACGGUCACAUGAACCAUUACUAUUUCUCAGAAAGAGUGAAUCUCAUAAACCUCAAUUCAGGUUAAAGACACAUACAUUUGAUGGGGUUCCAUUAGUAUUAGAAAAUUCAUUUCGAUUUAUUGAGAAGGUAACACGGGAAACAAAAGCAGUAAAACCAUAUUCUCAAAUGACUGAAAUAGAAUUAAAUGAAUUUAUUAAUAAAUUUGGAGAAGAGAAAUUGACAAAAUAUGUAAAAGAAAAACAAUUAGGAAAAGACAUUAAGAGAAUUUCAUUAGAGAAACUUAUUAAAUUAGGGAUUAAUGAGAAAAAAGCUAUUACUAUCCAAAAUGAUAUUAUUAAUUAUGAAAACAAAUCAAAAAUUGGUAAACAUAUUUUACUUAUGAAAGUUAAUUCAGAUAAAGCUUUGAGAAAAAUGUUUGAAUUAAUGAAGGGUUAUGAAGUAAAUGAAAUAAAACAAUUUAAUGAAAUGCCUAAAGAUGAAGCACAUUUAAUUGCUUUUAUGGCAAUUAGAACAUUUUUUGCAAAAAAACGACCUAUUUUAAUAAAUGAAAAGAAAGCACAUGAAUUAUUUGAAGCAUAUAAUCAACUUAAAAAUGAUGAAAUUCAAUUAAUGAAUGAAGUUAGAAAAUUUAUAGGAAGUCUUGAACAAAAUGGAGUUAUUCUUCUUCGUACAUUAAAAUUUAUUCAUAGAAUGAUUUCUGAUGAUAAGAGUUGUUAUUAUUAUUGUAAAGAAUUAUUUCUUCAUACCAUGUUUUCUUUUUUCUAUGAAGGUGAUUCUAGUAAAAUUCCUAAAUUUUAUUUUCUUGUUGAUUUAAUAGAUAAGUUAAUACCAAAAAAAACUCAAAGUAAAUUGGAAAGAGUUUUUGAAUCAGAUAGUCUUUAUGGUGGAGAAGUAAUUUUAUAUAUUGAACAACCUAGUAAAAUUCCAUUAUAUAUGAUACUUAAUCAAGAACAAUUAAAUAAAGAAUGUUUAAAUACUUGGGUUGGAGGAAAACUUUAUUUAACAAAUUAUCGAUUAAUAUGGAGAACAUCAAAUGAAUCAUUAGGUUCAAUGGCACAAUGUUAUUAUUUUAACCAAGUUCCAUUGAAAAUGAUUUUUGAAGCUAGUGCUGUAUCAGGAAAUGGUAGUAAUUCAUCUCAAUGUCCUCAUUGCAUUAAAAUUAUUUCAAGAGAUAAUAGAAUAUUACUCUUUUCAAUGGAAAAUGAACAACGAGUAAUCUCAUUUAAAGAACGAUUAAUUUAUAUAGCAAAUAAAGUAAGAAAUCAAACAAUGAAAAUAGAUGAUUAUGAACAGUUUUAUUUCAAAAAUAUUUUUGAAAAUAUUUGGGAGAAAACUGCAACAAGAUUUGGAGUAGAUAUUAAAUCACCAAAUUCAUUAUUUUGUGUUCAAAAUAAUUUAAAAGAUAGAAAUAGAUGUAGUUUUGAAGGAAUUACUUUUAGACAUUAUCAAUUAAUUGAUGAAACACAUUUAGAAAUGGAUGAAUUUAAACGUUCACCUAUAUUAAUACAUAGAGAUAAGUCAGGGUCUUAUCUUUUUAAAUUACAAUAUAUUUUUUGUAAAGAUCAUACUACUUCACAAUUAAAAUAUCCAGAUGAACUUAAACAAAUAUUUACUACGAUAUGUACAACUGAAAUUGUUUUUGUUAAUUCAACUUAUAAUACAAAUCCUUCACUAUUAAAAACAUGUGAUACUCUUCAAGAUUCUUUUCAUAAUAAAGUUGUUAAAUUAAUGAAUGACGUUAAUGAAAAAACUAUAGGAGAACUCAAUGGAUAUAUUAAUUAUUUACUUGAAUAUCAAGAAAUUAUUUUAUCUGUUACUAUGAAUAUUAUUAACAAAUUAACUCAUGGAGAAUCUAUUAUUCUUCUUCCAAAUACAAAAAAUGCAUCAGAAAUAGGAAUUUAUACUUCAUUGAUUGAAUUAUUAACAGAUAAAUAUUACAGAUCAUUUGAAGGAUUCUUAGAAUUAAUUUUUAAAGAAUUUGUACAGUACGGAUAUUUUAAAACUAUUUGUCAAUAUAAUCUAUACCCAGUUCAUUUUCUUGUAUUCUUAAAAAUGGUUCAUUCAUUCAUUUAUUAUUAUCCUUAUCAAUUUGGAUUCAAUUCAACACUCAUUCAUUUCCUUUAUCAGCACUGUAAUUCUGGACGAUUUUCUGCAUUUGAAGGAAGUUCGACUCAAGGGGUUUUUGUAUAUUUAUAUUCAAAUAAAGAAUUUUUUGUAAAUAAUUCAUUCGUUAAUGAAGAGUGUGACUUUUAUCACAAAUAUUGUAACAAAGAAUUACCAUUAGUACAUUGUCCAUAUUUCUUCUUUAGAUGGAUGAAUUACACGUAUAAACAAACUGACUUAUUUAAUACCUCUGCUGCUGUUAACUUUGACCUUCAUGAACGAGGAACUUUAACAGAAAUACCAAGUUAUAUUAAAGAUGUAUCUAAGGCUGAAGUAAUUAAUCUUAGUAAUAACCCAUUAAUGAUUAUUCCAGAAUGUCUUCAAGUAUAUACCACAUUACAAAAAUUAAUAUUAUCAAAUUGUAAGUUAAAUUGUAUUCCUAAACAUUUCUUUGAUUCAUUGACUCAAUUAACAUAUUUAGAUAUUUCAAAUAAUAGUGGAACCAAAUCUAUAUUCUUUACUCCUUUAUUAAGUAGUUUAACUAACUUAAAAUAUCUUGAUUUAUCAUCUCAAGUUUUCUUUGAACCAAAUGCAUUAGAUAAAUUUACAUUUCCUAUAAAUUUAAAAACAUUAUUAUUAACUAAUUGUAUUAAUAAAUUACCACAUUCAUUGACUAAAAUUAAAGAAUUAGAAACACUUGAUAUUUCAAGAAAUAGUUGUAUUAAUAUUUCUAUACUCCCUCAACUUACAAGUCUUAAGAAUUUCAUAUUAGAAUCAUGUGAACAAAAAACAUUACCUACUCAAAUUAGUUUUCUAACUUAUUUAACUAAAUUAGAUGUAGCUGAUAAUGAAAUUAAAGAAUUACCUUAUUGGCUUUAUGAAAUGACUCAAUUGAAAGACCUCAAUUUAAGUACCAAUUUAUUGAAAUAUAUUUCUAUAAAACAAACUCAAUUAACGUCAUUAACUCAUUUUGAUAUAAAUAAUAAUUCAAUUAAAUCAUUACCUGUUGUUCAUCCAUUAUUAAAUGGAGUUAUUAAUUGUUUUAUGCCUCCUGUUAUUAGUAAGAUUCAUGUAUUAUCAUCAUCAUUUGGAAUUGAAACUAUGAAAAUGGUAACUGAUGAAUGGAUUUCUAUGACAAAUAAUAGUACAAAUAGUAUUAUAUUUCUUCAUUCAACUGAUGAAAUUUGUGGAAAUUCUUCUCUUAAUAAAAAAGAUUAUUUUACUUUUAUAUAUCAUGAUGACUCGUCACCAAUAUCAUUUAAUUUUUCACGGAAUGAUUGUUAUUUAAUAGUAUUUACAUCAAAAGAAAUUGAAACUAUUUAUUAUUGGAAGUAUUAUCUUAAUUUGGUAUUACCACAACAAAUGUCUGUAUUUGUUUUAUUACUUGCUGAUAUUAAAUCAUCAGAAAAAGAUUUUAUUGAAUCAACAGUCAAAGAUACUUUUAAACAAUGUGACUUUCUUCAUCUUGCAAAAGGAAAAGAGAAUAGUAGAAUAAUGGCAGAAAAGUUUAUUGAAUGGAUAAAAAAAUUUAAACAUAGAUGGGAAAAUGAAGAAUAUGAACUUCUUGAAAUUGACCAAGAAUUAUUAAAUUGUGAAAUUAAUCCACCAAUUGUUAAUAGAGCUCAAUUAGAAAAAAUUAUUGAAACUUUUGGAAUCAACAAAGAAAAACAUACGCGAUUUAUUGAUGAGUUAGAUCAAAGUGGAACAAUUAUAUCAAGUGUUUCAGUAUUAAAUAUUAUUAAAAAUAAUGCACCAGACUUACUUAAAGUUUUACCUUGUUUUGACUCUAUGGAAGAAGUAUUUAUUCUAAAAACUAAUUUAUUUGAGAGGAUAUAUGAUAUAAUGUAUAAAAAUUCAACAAAAGGAAUUGGAAUGAUGAGUGAUAUAUAUCCUAAAUUACAAUGGUGUGGAAAUAUGAAUAUUACAUUAUUCUCUUUUAUAUUAUUCAAAAUGGAACUUCAUAAUAUGUUAUGUGUUUACUUUGACGAAUGGUUUAAAAAGUUUCAUUUAACUAAUAAUUAUGAAGGAUUUAAACAAGAAGGAGGAAUAGAAACUUUAAAAGAAUUAUUAAACAAACCAAUGGAAUCUCAACAUAAAUUAGUUUUAAUGACUAAAGAAAGCAUCACAAAUACACAAAGAAUUAAUAAUAAAAUAUCUGAACAAAAUCAACAAUGGAUUGAAUUAAGAGGUGAUUCUAUUCCUGAACCAAAAGAUUGUAUUCCUUUUGUUCCUUUCAGUUUACACAGUACAUUAUCUAUAGCAAAUUCAAAAGUCAUAGAACGUAUUUGGCCUAAACAAUUAGAAAAAGGAUAUAAUGAGUAUGCAUGGUCAUUUAGAAAUAAUUAUGUUCCUCCAAUUAUAUAUGACCAUAUUUUGGUAUUAAUUUUAGUUAGUAAUUCAAAAAUUAUUAAUAUGUUCCAACAAUAUGUAUUUGUUGAAUUUGAAGACCAUGACCAAAUUUAUUAUCUUAUGAUUAAAUUAGAAUACUCUCGGUUAAUUAUUAAAAUCAGAACUAUUGCUAAUAGUGUUACACGGUCAUUGUAUUGUAUUAGUUUUAUUGGAGAGUUAAAUAAAAAGAUUAAAGAAAUAUUAUCAUUUUAUUCAAAAGAAUUAGCAACAAAUGAAUGUGUUUUAUGUCCAGUUUGUAUAGAAGAAGGUAUUCCAGAUGUAGGAGAGAUGCUUGUUGAAAAUUUAAGAAUUGCAAUAAGAAACAGUAAUGAUACUAUUAAUUGUCAACCAAGCAUAUCAAGAGGGAGUUACAGACAACAUAUUGUUUCAGUGAAUAAUAUAUCAAUUGGUAUUCAAUUAGAAGUAUUAAAAUCAGAUUUUUCUAAUUUAAUGAUAGAAGGAAGUAAAGUAAAAAUUAAACGACAUUUAUUAGAUGAUACUGAUUAUAUAUUGUAUGAAGCAUCGUAUAAUAAUGAACAAGUAUGUAUGAAAACUUUUUCAUAUGAAGGAAAAAAUGAAAAAGGAGGAAGUACUAGAUAUUUAGGUAAUGUGUUUUCUACAAUGAUGAGAGAAGCAAAUGUUGCAAAAACCGUUAACCAUCCUAAUUUUUUAGCAUUAAAAGGAAUUGUUUUAACACCAUUAGCAUUAUUAGUUGAUUAUUGUGAACAAAAUCUCAGUCUAUAUCUUCAUUCAAAUAGUACUGUUGAUUGGAAAACAAACUUAGAUUUUAUCAUUCAAAUUUGUACAGGAAUGAAAAAAUUACAUUCUAUCAAAAUGGUUCAUCGGAACCUGAGAACAAGUGCCAUAAUGAUAAAAAUUAAUCCAAUCACUAAAGAACGAUAUGCUGUAAUUGCUGAUUUUGGUAAAACAACACCAAAUUAUAUUGGUAAUAAAAUCGAAUUCACUAAAGAUAAACGAGAAGAGGAUAUUAGUAAAAUCGCUUAUAUUGCUCCUGAAGUACUUCAAGACCAAGAGUUUAAAUCUGAAGCUGACGUAUAUUCAUUUGGUAUCAUUCUAUGGGAAAUAGCACAUAGGUUAUAUCCUUAUGAAAAAAAUAAACAAUCUCCACCAUUAUUUUAUCAAAUUUGUAAUGGAAUUCGUCCUCUUCCUAAUGUCAAAACCCCUUAUUCACAAUUUAAUAAAUUAGUUUUCAAAUGUUGGCACCAACAACCAACAAAUAGACCUUCCUUUGCUUCUUUAUGUAUUGAUUUCCAGAAAAUAAGAAGUGAAGCAUUUAAACUUGAUAAAAAGAAAUGA